AUGCCGGUGCCUUCACCAAAAGGCGUGUUCACCAUCGGUGACUAUGGAACGUGCGAUGGGUCGGUGUCUCUACGACUGAUACACAAGGUCAUCGACCACUUGCGAAGCAAACAUGGACCCGAUCUGAAGAUUCAGGUGUUGUACGAAGAUCACGCAUCCAACGACUACAACAGUCUCUUCAAAACUAUUUACGGUCAAACCUCGUACAUGACCAAGUUCACCAACGUGUUCCCCCUGGUAUGUGGCAAUAAUUUCUACAAACAGUGUGUACCUGACAACACCUGUGACAUCAUCAUGUCAUCAUUCGCCACGAUGUAUUUGAGUAACGAGAGUUACGUCAGAUGCUCCAAUACAAUGUUCCCCUGGCGGUCGACAUCACAAGAGGAGUUGCGCGCUCACCGCGAGGCUGCAGCACGUGACUGGCAGACGUUCCUCCUCCACAGAGCAGCAGAACUCAAACCAGGUGGACUUCUUUUCGAUGCUCACUCUGCUAGACUCCUGGGGAGCAACCCUCCACAGACUCGCACUUUGACCUACCCUCUCUCUGAAAACGGCAAUGGAGCGGGAGAAGAAACCGCCCAAGAUAUUUGGACUUGUUUUGAUUUGAGCUGGCAGGAAUUAUACGCAGAAGGAUUAAUUACAAAAGAGGAGUUCCAGUCGUGCACUCUUCGAGCGACACUCCGGACUUUACAGGAACUAAAAGCUCCUUUCGAGAAUGCCGCCAUGUCUCCAGUCCCACAGGCUGGUCUUAACUUGUUAAAGGAACCACAAGAGUUUCUCACUUAUUGUCCUGUCAAGACACUAUGGCGACAAAAGCUACAGACUGAUGAUGACGUCACAAGAGUGCUAAGCAGCACCCAGCUUGUAGAAUUCAGUGCCGCAGGUCAGAAUGAAGACUUUGUCCAUUUUCGACAGGAAUGA